AUGCAGUUGAUAAGAAAAGAGAUGUUAGACUUGCAUAAGAAUUCAUUUAAUGAGAUGACUUCUUUACAACAGCCGUCAUCUAGUCGGACUUCUAUAUCAACAUCCGGUUUUAAGCGUUCUCACAAUCAUGAUAUCAGUGAAGAUUCUGGAGAUGAGUGGCCCAUGAGUAAACAUUCUAGAAUAAUGCCCACAGAACGGGAUGUCAUAGAUAAAAUUGACGAUCUUUUGGGUGAUCAGAAAAGCCUUCAGUCUGCCCGCCAUGUGCAGGAAAGUGACAACACAGGUAUUGUCAAUGUUCAUAAUGAUGAGAUGGAAGAUGAUAUAGUUAUUGAAGAUCGUAGAAAACCAGAGGAGACGUGA